AUGCAUGCCCCCAGCGGGACUCGAAGCCGCGAGCACUGGCACAACAAGUGUCGCUACAAACUAGAGCCAAACGUGUCGUCGACGUGCAUGCAUAAACUUAAAAAUCACAAAUCACAAAUGCAUGCCCCCAGCGGGACUCGAAGCCGCGAGCACUGGCACAACAAGUGUCGCUACAAACUAGAGCCAAACGUGUCGUCGACGUGCAUGCAUAAACUUAAAAUCACAAAUCACAAAUGCAUGCCCCCAGCGGGACUCGAAGCCGCGAGCACUGGCACAACAAGUGUCGCUACAAAC